GUCAUUUUGUUGGCGACUGGAGCCAAGUUCAAUGUCUAGUGGGUUCGGGCAUGGUAUGAGGAGAGGGUGUGAUCUGAGCUGAACUAUUUGUGUCGAGAGGUUGGACUUGCUGCUCUCCGAGUCUCACUAUAUAUAUCCUCCACAGCGGCUGCUGCUGUCUGCAAACAGUGAAAGGCAAAUCCCUUGGAGGAAAAUGGUAAUAAUGUUUCCCCAAACUGCGACCAGCAGAGGUACAGAUGUGAACGUUAGGAACAGCUGUCAGCAUUCAUUAUACAAAGAAUUGGUAAACAUGAUGGGAAAUAUUGUUAUCCUUAGUUUGAUAGUGACCAUAUCCUUGUCAUUUUGGAUUGUGUCUAUGACUGUCAGCACUUAUUAUGGUACUCUACCACCUGUGUCACCUUGGCGAUGGCUGUUUUCUGUGUUUGUUCCACUUAUUAUUGCUUCACAUGCACUAAAGAAGCAAAGCCUUGAUCGCAGUGGAGCUAUUGGAGCUUUGAUUGUUGGGUUCAUCCUUACAAUUGCCAACCUCAGUUUCUUCUCUUCAUUGCUAACUUUUUUUGUUAGCUCAUCUAAACUCACAAAAUGGAAGGCAGAAGCUAAGAAACGUUUGGAUCCAGAUUAUAAGGAAGGUAAUGCAACCAACCCAUGUCCUUUUUGCAUAAAAGAAAAUGCUUCUGUUUACUCAAUAAACAAAAUAAGCAGAAAACCUGAAAAUACUAUCUGUACAUAUUGCAAUAACUACAGCAUAGAAAAGUGA